UGUGGGAGUAGGUGUAAAGUCAGAGAAGCAAGGCUGUGAGGAGGAGAGAAGAGCUCUGAGCUGCUGAGGCUGAGGCUGACACUGAGACUGAGCUGAGUGAGGGAGAACAGUUCUGGGAAGUUUUCUGAGCAGAGGACACCUGAAGGCACUGAGGAGGGGAUUUAGUAAUAGCAGUCAUGUUUUGUGCAUUUCCUGGCCCUGGGUCAGCCAGCAACUCUAUGAUGUAUCACUAUGGCAAUGGAAAAGGGGUGUACUCCCCAUCUCCAAAUGCAGAGGAGCUGAAAAGGGAUCCUGCACCCUACUCGUCAUUCAGACUGCCCAACACAAACUUCACAAACACAUAUUUUGAUGGGCCAAACAGCUCCACAGACCCCUGGAGCUCAUCCAGUGGGAUCAGCCCAUCAGGCCAUGGAGGCAUGCUGGGAUCAUCACCAUCCAGCCAAUCACCGCCUGGGAACUACUGCAACCUUCCAACACACGAUCGUCUGAACAUACUGCCAAAUUCAGCAGUACCUGAAGUCAACAAGCAUCUCCCACCAAUGUCUACAUUUCACAGAGGUUCCGACAGUACUGCACUUUUUGUGCCUGCAUCACCACAUUCUGCAGCUCCAAAUGCCACAGACAGGUCCAUGGGUGGUCAAGGGCAUCAUGUUGGAGGCUCACACACUGGAGACGCUCUUGGAAAAGCCCUGGCUUCUAUUUAUUCCCCUGAUCACACCAGUAGCAGUUUUCCAUCCAGUUCCUCCACUCCGGGGAGAUCUCCAUCACCUCUGGCUGCUUCUACAGUCUCAGCAGGAGCCAACCAGUGGUCUCGAUCAGCUGGUCAUCCAUCGCUGCCGUCCAACUACGAUAACUCCCUGCAGUCACUGAUUGAGGACCGAUUGGACAGACUAGACGAUGCCAUUCAUGUUCUACGAAACCACGCAGUGGGAGGGACAAAUAUCUCCUUAUCCAAUGACCUACGAUGCCUAAUCGAACAGACACAACACGGAUCAGUCACAAUGAGGUCUAACUACCCCAUCUCAGGACUAGUUACAAAUGGAUUACCAACAGAUAUGUCAGCUGACCCGGGUGAGGCUGCUCAUUUGGCCAUGCACUCCUCAGCAGCUCCUUCAUCUUCUGAUCUGACCAACCACGUAGACAGUUUCAGAGCUCUGGCUGCAGGGCUGCUCUCUAACUUGUCUCCAGGCCCUCUGGAGGUGAAAGUGGAGCCAUCCGAUGGGGAGGAAUAUAGACUGCACCAGGCACACUCCGUCCACCCGUCUCAUUCAUCUCAUUCCAGCUGUCUGUCUCACCUCUCCUCUGAUGGCAUGCACUCUGAUGCAGAGAGUGACACAAGAGAUCCAGAAAUGCACAGUGUUGAUACUGCCACAAGGAACAGCAGCAUCCACGAGGAAGAGGAGCUCUCUCCAGAGCAGAAGGCUGAGCGGGAGAAGGAUAGAAGGAUGGCGAAUAACGCCCGCGAGCGUCUGCGUGUGAGGGACAUCAACGAGGCGUUUAAAGAGCUGGGCCGCAUGUGCCAGCUGCAUCUGAAGAGCGAUAAACCCCAGACCAAACUGCUCAUCCUCCACCAAGCCGUCACUGUCAUCCUCAGCCUAGAGCAGCAAGUCCGGGAGCGUAACCUGAACCCUAAGGCUGCAUGUCUGAGGAGGAGAGAGGAGGAGAAGGUGUCAGCCCUGACGUUGGACCCCCACUCCUUGCAUACAGUUAUCCACACAACACUGUCUGACCAAAUCAACAGCCUGUCUGGACAUCUCUGACAGCCAUGUGGCAUGUGUAUGUGUGGGAGUAUGUGUGUGACUGUGUAUGUGUGUGUGUAUCUGGGUUAAUUCCAUAAAUGGCAGUAUUUUAUCAUAACCAGAUAUGUUUUACCAAAUGUACACUCCAUUUUUAUAGCACUUUCCUAACUAUUAGCUAUAUAAUUGACUUUGAAUAAAAAAUUACAUUUUUCCCUAAUGUACACUGUUUAUAUGUACACAGUUACCUGACAAACCAGUUUUUGUUCUCACUUUCAAGUUGCUGAUGGAAAACAACACACAGUCCAGAGAGUCUUUAGUAUUCUCCAUUGGCAAUCCCACUCUAUGAGAUAAGGAAACGAAGAACAUUCAAAUAUUAUUCAAAUCCAGCCAUUGUAUACCAUUGUUGAUAUAGUGGACGUCAACGGUGUAGUCGUGUUUGUAAAACUGGUUUUACAGUACUUUUUCUUUGUAAACCUAGGUCUUCGACAAUGAUCAAUUUCUGAAAAAAGUGAAUUUUCAUGUAACUGAUCAUAUCAAUAACAUGAGUAGUUUGUCUCUUACAUAAGUGAUGACAUUAUGGAAUAUUGAACAAAACGAUAUUUUGUUGUGAUUUUUUACAAAUACAUUUUUUACAUGUAAAAUUAAAAAACUAAUAUUUCGCUGUAUAACUUUCUUCUUUCAUAGACUUUUGAAAUAAAGUAUAUAAAAAGA